CAAAUUCUGGGGCCUAGGCAUUUCCCUCGCUUUAUGUUUUUGGGUUUUUUUCCUUCCUUCAAUCUCUUUGAUUAGGCCGUACGUGGCUGUGGCAAGGAGUUGGGGAAAAAAAGAAUAAAAACAGGAAAGAGAGAAAGCACAGCCAGACCCUGGACUUCGCGAGCCGCCGGGGAGGGGGCGGAGGAGGCUGAGCCAGGCAGAGUCGCCAGCGGAGACUCGCGAGUGGCGCGCGGGAGGAGCGGCUGCCGCCGGCGCUGGGCUUGCCUUGCUGCUGCUGCUGCUGCUGCCUCCCCACCGCCUUUUUUUUAUUUAUUUUUUUUGGAGCGGGGUGGGGAGCGGGAACCCGAGAGAGAGAAAGCGAAAUAUUAAAAAGCCCCAAAGACAACCAGCAGGAGCGCGCGGUGCCCGAUGGCUUCGCUGUACCAGAGGUUCACCGGCAAGAUCAACACCUCGCGGUCCUUCCCCGCGCCCCCGGAGGCGAGUCACCUCCUGGGCGGACAGGGGCCCGAGGAGGACGGCGGCGCAGGAGCCAAGCCCCUCGGCCCGCGGGCGCAGGCGGCGGCGCCCCGGGAGCGCGGCUGCGGCGGCGGCGCGGGUGGCCGGCCCCGGUUCCAGUACCAGGCGCGGAGCGAUGGUGACGAGGAGGACGAACUGGUGGGGAGUAACCCUCCACAGAGGAAUUGGAAAGGAAUAGCGAUUGCACUGCUUGUCAUUCUGGUCAUCUGCUCCUUGAUCGUCACCUCGGUCAUACUUCUGACACCAGCGGAAGACAACAGUCUGUCUCAAAAGAAGAAGGUCACUGUGGAAGAUCUCUUCAGUGAAGACUUUAAAUUCCUUGACCCAGAGGCUAAGUGGAUAGAGUGGGAGCAGGUUUGUCCACGGAACUGUUUCUCAGUGGUAUACAUGGGAAUCACACCACCCACCACCAGCACCAGCACCAGCACCAGCACCAGCGUCACAGGCUCCUCUUUCUGCUUCUUCUCUGCUUCUCCUUCUCAUUCUCGUGGAGAGGCAGAAUCCAGGGAUGAAUCAAGAGGUCAGAAACGAGAGACACCAAACCUGAGCUCUAAGAUAAGUGAUACAGAAUUCAUCUACAGAGAACAGAAGGGAACAGUGAGACUGUGGAAUGUUGAAACAAAUACUUCUACUGUCUUAAUAGAAGGCAAAAAAAUUAAAAUGAAUCAAAUAAAGGUACAGUUGUCCCCAAAGCACAAGCACAUCAUCUCUGAAGUAUCUCUCCUCAGCUAUACAGACCGCGGCCCAGUUCUAAGCUCACUGGAGCAGGUUCUAGCCCAGUGCACUGUUGAACAGGAAGCACAGGAUGCUCUGACAGGUGUCAUCUCAGCCAGGAACAGGCUGGCCCCGGGGAAGAACUGGCUAAGAGCCAUCAAAUAUGAAAUAUCUCCAGAUAGAGAGUAUGCACUUUUUUCAUACAAAUGUGAACCAAUAUAUCAGCACUCCUAUACUGGAUAUUAUGUCCUGAGCAAAAUUCCUCAUGGGGAUCCUCAAAGUCUGGACCCACCAGAAGUCAGCAAUGCAAAACUUCAGUAUGCAGGAUGGGGCCCUAAAGGCCAACAGCUGAUAUUUAUUUUUGAAAACAAUAUCUACUACUGUGCACAUGUUGGGAAACAGGCCAUCCGCGUGGUCUCCACUGGGAAGGAAGGUGUGAUUUACAACGGCCUCAGUGACUGGCUGUAUGAAGAGGAGAUUUUGAAGACACACAUCGCACAUUGGUGGUCUCCGGACGGCACGAGACUCGCCUACGCCACCAUCAAUGAUUCCCGUGUCCCCCUCAUGGAGCUCCCAACUUACACCGGCUCCAUCUACCCCACCGUGAAGCCUUACCACUAUCCCAAGGCUGGAAGUGAGAACCCCAGUAUUUCCCUACACGUUAUUGGCUUAAAUGGACCCACCCAUGAUCUGGAGAUGAUGCCACCUGAUGAUCCACGGAUGAGGGAGUACUACAUCACCAUGGUGAAGUGGGCCACCAGCACCAAGGUCGCCGUGACCUGGCUGAACCGGGCGCAGAACGUGUCCAUCCUCACCCUCUGCGACGCCACCACGGGGGUCUGCACAAAGAAACACGAGGAUGAAAGUGAGGCCUGGCUCCACAGACAGAAUGAAGAACCCGUGUUCUCCAAGGAUGGCCGAAAGUUUUUCUUCAUCAGAGCGAUCCCCCAGGGAGGACGAGGGAAAUUCUAUCACAUCACAGUGUCCUCGUCCCAGCCCAACAGCAGCAACGACAACAUCCAGUCCAUCACCUCCGGGGACUGGGACGUGACCAAGAUCCUCGCCUACGACGAGAAGGGGAAUAAGAUCUACUUCCUGAGCACGGAGGACCUGCCUCGGAGACGACAGCUCUACAGUGCCAACACGGUGGGUAACUUCAACAGGCAGUGCCUCUCCUGCGACCUGGUUGAGAACUGCACCUACUUCAGCGCUUCCUUCAGCCACAGCAUGGACUUCUUCCUGCUCAAGUGCGAAGGUCCUGGUGUUCCUAUGGUGACGGUGCACAACACAACAGAUAAGAAAAAAAUGUUUGACCUAGAAACAAAUGAACAUGUCAAGAAGGCCAUAAAUGACCGACAGAUGCCUAAAGUGGAAUACAGGAACAUCGAGAUUGAUGAUUAUAACCUGCCCAUGCAGAUCCUGAAGCCAGCAACCUUCACCGACACCACCCACUACCCUCUGCUCCUGGUGGUGGAUGGCACCCCGGGGAGCCAGAGCGUGUCUGAGAAGUUCGAGGUGAACUGGGAGACGGUGAUGGUGAGCAGCCACGGCGCAGUGGUGGUAAAGUGUGACGGCCGCGGCAGCGGCUUCCAAGGGACCAAGCUCCUGCACGAAGUGAGGCGGCGGCUAGGCUUGCUGGAGGAGAAGGACCAGAUGGAGGCCGUGCGGACGAUGCUGAAGGAGCAGUACAUCGACAGGACGCGCGUGGCCGUGUUCGGGAAGGAUUACGGUGGCUACCUGAGCACCUACAUCCUCCCAGCGAAGGGAGAAAAUCAAGGCCAGACGUUCACCUGCGGCUCUGCUCUCUCUCCAAUAACAGACUUCAAACUCUACGCCUCUGCAUUUUCCGAGAGGUACUUGGGCCUCCACGGACUUGACAACAGAGCGUACGAGAUGACCAAGGUAGCCCAUCGAGUCUCCAUGCUGGAAGAACAGCAGUUCCUGAUCAUUCAUCCCACUGCUGAUGAAAAAAUUCAUUUCCAGCACACAGCAGAACUCAUUACACAGCUAAUUAGGGGAAAGGCUAAUUACAGCUUACAGAUUUACCCCGACGAAAGCCAUUACUUUAACAGCGCCAGCCUCAAACAGCAUCUGUACCGGUCCAUCAUCAACUUCUUCGUGGAAUGCUUCAGGAUCCAGGACAAACUGCCCACAGUCACAGCGAAAGAGGACGAGGAGGACGACUAACCUCUCAGGUCACUCUAAGCACAAACGUGGCUCUUUCUACAACCAGAUGCAACUGAGGGAUUUCCCUGCCCUCCCUCAUCCCGGGGAGGCGCGGGGCGGGGCGGGGCCGGGUGUGCCACAGCAUGUGUGUCUCGGAUGCCGAAGGCAGUUUUGCUUGGGAAACAAGCUCCUUCCCCGGGGUCCUCGCUGGCGGCCUCCAUGGCACCAGGGACAACUCUGUCCCCGCAGCAGCGCCUCCUGCUGGCGCCCCAGAGACCGGCACGCCAUGGCCCCUCCCCCAAGGAACCGAGCAAAGGAUGGUGGCGCCAAAGCCCGCGCGAGCCCACAGAACACCGGCCCCUAGAUUCCAGCCACCCGGCGGAAGCAUGAGACCCGCCCACUAGCCUCUGUGUUCCCGUUCGCAGCAUCACACCCUGUCUCAUGCCACAGUGCCACGGACACAGCAGUUACAGCACAAUCGUUUAGCAGUGCACGUUCAUAGAUGGGCUUGCUAUGUCCUGUCAUUAGGACAUGCAACAUGGUGAGGGGCUACGAGAAAACCCUUUUCUGUACAAAGUCUUACUGUAGCUACGCUAAUGGUUAGCCUGAUAGAAUUAACUCGUAUUUUUCUAUGGUUUUAACCUGAUGCUCCAGUGUCUCCGUCAGGGGGUGGUUUUGCUGUUUUGGGUUUGGCUUUGUUUCGCUCUCCUUUCUCCAGCCCACGUGUAGACUUUGCGCUUGUUUGGAUGAAGAAGCAGAUCGGAAGUAACUGCUCCCUCCUCAAGGCUGUCUUCAGACGUCUUGGAGACGCUCCUAAACACUGAGGGGGAGGACAGCCAAUAGUACCCAUUAAAAGAAAUAACGUAAAUAAAACCUGUCUCCCACUGAGCUGUGCUAGGGCUUGGCUGUAGAUGUGCACUAUUUACAUCCGUCCUUACAACCAUCCUUGUCCUCCUUGGUAUGGUAUCAAGCUUUUUCCCAUGACAUUUGGUUAAAAAACACACACACACACACAAAAACGACAAAGCGUCAACUCCACCCCCAGGUCUACUGUGUGUGCUCGGGCCACGGGAGUCCUGAGGGUUCUGUGGGCCUGCGCACUUCCCUCUCCCAUCUUGGGGGGAGGCUCCGUGACCUUCCUGCCACGAGCAGGAGGUUGAUGAAGUGCUAUGUUAGCCUUGUAAGAUACACUCCCACCAAAUGUGCAGCCGGUGUUCCCAGUGUAUAUUUCAUUCUGUUGUAUAUAAAGGAAGCAAUGUGUGUCAGGCCUCUGUGCAGUCAACCCAACCUCCUCCCGCCAGUGCUAACCCCGUGUUGAGCCUGCAUGCUGACACUCUGGCUGAUCUGGACUCUAGAAGUGCUAGUUUGAAAUAUAUCCAUUACUGUCAUUUCCUUUUGAGCUUGUGGACAAGCUGAAUGUCAGGACUGACUUCUCCAGCUCCCAGCCCUGCGGGGGUGUCCUUGGCAUCCUGUCAGCAGAGGAGUUGCAUCCCUGUUGCAUUUUGGCGUUUGGGGUUUUGGGUUUAUCCACAUGAGCUCUGAACGUCCGUUAUAGUUAGGGUGAUUGGAGGGUCUCUGUCACCGGGUGUUUUAAAGGUGAGUCACCACCAUUUGUGAAAGGACCAAUGUGCUGACAAAAGGACCGAUCCGAGUGCUACGUGACUGUGCGUUUGCUAUUUCAAUGGGCCUGAACGACUACAAAGCCAGCUCGGUCUGGAAGAGGAAGCCAGCUCUGGCCACGACACCUGGUCGGAGGGAUGUGAGGAUGUGGCAUGGUAGCGUCUGUUCAUCCAUGGAAUAAAACAUUAUUUUACCA